AUGUGUCCCUCCAUUGAAGAGACACCCGCCAAUGGCACCAACGGUACCAACGGCGCCAGCAACGGCGAUGCCAACCAGUACACUGCCAUUGAGGCUCGCGCAAACCCGGUGCCUCACCACAAGUCGUCGCCAUACCAGCCCGUAGGCGACUUCCUCUCCAACAUCAGCCGCUUCAAGAUCAUCGAGUCGACCCUCCGUGAGGGCGAACAAUUUGCGAACGCCUACUUUGACCUCGAAGCCAAGAUCAAGAUCGCCAAAGCUCUUGACGACUUUGGUGUUGACUACAUCGAGUUGACGAGCCCUGCCGCUUCGGAGCAAUCGCGCCGCGACUGCGAAGCCAUCUGCAAGCUCGGCCUCAAGGCUAAGAUCCUCACUCACGUACGAUGCAACAUGGAAGAUGCCAAGAUCGCCGUCCAGACGGGCGUUGACGGUCUCGAUGUCGUUAUCGGCACAUCAAGCUACCUCCGCGAACACUCUCACGGCAAGGAUAUGACGUAUAUCAAGAAUGCGGCACUCGAGGUUAUUCAAUACGUCAAGUCCCAGGGUAAGGAGAUCCGAUUCAGUUCGGAGGACUCCUUCCGAUCAGACCUUGUCGAUCUGCUGUCCCUGUACAGCGCCGUGGACAAGGUUGGCGUCAACCGUGUUGGUAUUGCGGACACAGUCGGCUGUGCAAGCCCCAGACAGGUGUACGAUCUCGUCCGUACGCUGAGAGGUGUUGUCUCUUGUGAUAUUGAGACGCAUUUCCACAACGACUCAGGUUGCGCCAUCGCGAACGCUUACUGCGCCUUGGAAGCUGGCGCCACGCACAUUGAUACCUCCGUAUUGGGUAUUGGCGAGCGAAAUGGUAUCACUCCUCUUGGAGGCUUGAUGGCUCGCAUGAUCGUUGCAGACCGCGAUUACGUCAUGGGUAAGUACAACAUCAAGAAGCUCAAGGAGGUUGAGGAACUCGUGGCCGAGAUGGUCGAGGUCAACAUCCCCUUCAACAACUACAUCACCGGUUUCUGUGCCUUCACACAUAAGGCUGGUAUCCACGCCAAGGCUAUCCUCAACAAUCCCUCCACGUACGAGAUCAUCUCACCCGCCGAUUUCGGAAUGUCGAGAUACGUGCACUUCGCCAGCAGAUUGACUGGCUGGAAUGCCAUCAAGAGCCGUGCCGACCAGCUCGGUUACAACAUGACCGAUGCGCAGUACAAGGAGGUUACCGCGCAGAUCAAGAUCAUGGCAGACGUCAAGAAGAUCACCCUCGAUGACACUGACGCGAUCAUCUCCGCGUACCACCACAACCUCGUUAACAAUGAGAACAAGCCACUCCUGGAGGGUCUCUCAGCUGAAGACCAAGCCAAGAUGAAGGCCGCAGAAGAGAAGCUCGGCAGCGUCAAGGAGAAGCGCCAGCUCGACGCCGAAGCAGCGGCCGACGCACCACCGGCUAAGAAGAGGUAG